AUGGAUUCAAUAUUCGAUUAUUUUAAUCAACAAUUACAAAUGAGUCAAUUCAUAGCAAUCGCGUAUAAAAACUUUAUUGACAGUGAUCCGUCGACACCUACACAAACUAAAAUAGACGAGCAUAUAGGUUACCUUAAACAUAAGUGGAAUAGGUUUACUUCAAUGAACGACACUAUUCUAUUGGCAGUCAAUAAACUCGGAAAUGAGGAUAAAAAAUUAGCGCUAUCUCAUUCUUACUUCGUUGAUCAAUUAUUCUCAACUACACGUACGUGUUACCUAGCAGCUGUUGAACAGAUUAAGUCGAGUCUUUAUGUAAAUGAACCUGUUGUGGUGGAAUCGAAUCUUAGGGAAGAGGAAUCAGUUGUCGUAAGGCCUAGUUCUCAUAUAAAUGAACCAAUAUCAAUAAGGGAUAGUGUAAUUACAGAACAACCAGUUUUAACUAAUUCUUUGCCCGUUCAAUCUUUGUCUAAUGAGAUUCCUUCGACAAGCGGUUAUCCAUAUUCAAGGCUUCCGCGUAUUAAAAUUCCUACCUUUGAUGGUAAUCCGGCAAAAUGGUUAGAAUAUCGAGAUUUGUUUGCUUCUAUGGUUGUAUCUACAUCCUUAAAUCCCGUUGAAAAGUUACAAUAUUUAAAAACUAGUUUAACCGGUACAGCAUCUCAAUUAAUUCAAAAUACGGCAUUAACUACAGAGAAUUUUUCAAAGACAUGGGAAUCGUUAGUAUCUUUUUAUGAUAAUAAUCGACUUCAGGUCAACACAGCAUUAGACUCCUUAUUCAAUCUAAAGCCUAUGACAAAAGAAUCUUCUGUUGAAUUAGAACUAUUGUACACCACUGUGCUGCAAAUUCAUAGCACUUUGGAAACUUUGCAACAGCCAGUUGAAACGUGGGAUGUCAUUUUUGUUCACUUGACGGUACUAAAGUUGGAUUCAGAAUCAAUAAAAGCAUGGGAAAAUUCAUUAGGUUCUUCAAAAAUCCCUCCAUCAUGGAAAGAGCUUAUCGAUUUUUUAGUUACUCGUCUUUCUUCGCUGCAGGCGUAUGAAAAGUCUCGAGGGGACAAAAUCACAUUUAAAGCUUCAACAAAAUCUCAUUAUUCGGAAACGUCUAAUAACAACUCAUCAUUUAGCCACUUCAUUUGUUCUAUUUGUAAGGGAGAACAUUUUCAUGUAAAUUGUCCUACGUAUGUCAACGGGACUAUAAAUCAAAGGUUAGCACUCAUAGACAAACACAAGUUGUGUUAUAAUUGUUUAGGGAAACAUAAGGUAUCAAUGUGCAAAAUAGAAAAACGUUGCAAGAAGUGUGGUAAAAGGCAUCAUACAACUGUACAUAUUUCCGAACUUUCUUCUAAUACGAUAAAUACAUUAGAUAAAGAAUCAGAGUCUCAAUUACCAUCCAGCACUAGUCAGAUAGAAUAA